AGCUCUUGGGGGGGGGGGGGACCGAGGCUACCUGAAGGAAAUGGCCACCUCCCGCUUACCACCGGCGACGCUAACGCUAAAGCAGUUCAUGAGAAGGCAACAAGUUCUCCUUCUCUACAGAAGGAUUUUGCAAGCAAUUCGGGAAGUGCCAAAUGAUUCUGAUCGAAAAUACCUGAAGGACUGGGCAAGGGAAGAAUUCAAAAGAAACAAAAGUGCCACCCAAGAGGAUACAAUCCGGAUGAUGAUUACUCAAGGCAAUAUGCAGCUCAAAGAGUUAGAAAAAACCCUUGCUUUGGCAAAAUCUUAACGAUAGCAUUAUUCUGAAAGACUUUGAAAGUUUCCAUGUGUAUUAAUUAGACUCGAUGGGCAGCCUAAAAGCAAGUCAAACUGUACAGUACUUGGGAAAAUGUCAGAACAUGGAGCAUGGCAAUGUCAGAGCAAACAAAAGCACAUCAGAACAAUUGCCUUAACACUGAAAAACAUACCCUGCAUUUUGAAAAUGUUUUUGGAUGUGUCAGCAGUUCAAGCAGCAAAAACCAGUACAAGUGGUCAGCACUACCAUUAACCCUCUGGGAAAUGCAAAUUAAAACCACAUUGAAACAGUACCACAUCCACUGGAAUAACUAUAAUUAAAAACAGUUAAGCAAAUGUUGGUAAAGAUAUAGGGAAACUGGACCCCUCAUACAUGCUGUGGGAAUAACAAAUGGCACAGCCACUUGGAACACAGACUGUCAGUUGCUUAAAAGAUUAAGUUACCAAACAGUUCAGCAGUUUCCUCCUAGGUUUAUAACCAAGAGAACUGAAAAUCUAUAAGAAAACUUGUACAGGAAUAUUCAUAGCAUUAUUCAUAAUAGCCAAGAAGUAGAAGCAAUCCAAAUGCCCAUUAUCUGAUAAAUGAUUAAAUAAGAUGUCUGUAGAAUAUUAUCUAGCAAUAAAAAGGAAUGAAGUACUGAUACAUGGAUGUACCAGAGACCAGUCACAAAAGAUCACAUAUUGUAGGAUUCCAUUUAUAUGAAGCAUCUAAAAUAGGAAGAAAGAGGUGGUUUCCCAGGGUGUGGAUAGCAUGGAAAGUAAUUGCAAAUGGAUAUGGGGUUUCUUUUCUGGGUAAUGAAAACAUUCUAAAGUUGGGGGUGUGGGUUGCACAACUCUGAAUAUACCAAAGUCUGUUGAAUCAUAUAUUUUGCAUGUGUGAUAUGUGAAUUAUACUUUAGUAAAGGCUUUACUGAUUUUUUUGCUGAUAAAGAACUGACGUAUAAUACUGUGUAAAUCACUAUUUUAAGAAAUUGUAUGAGAUAUAUGGAUGUAUACUGACCUCAGAAGAUACCCUGGACCUUUCCUGAAAAAAAAUCCUUCUGCAUUACUGAUGGUUGUUGAGGUAGGUUCUUCGGAUGUGUCAUGAUCCAGUAGUCCAAGGAUUCCCUGAAAAGACCACCACCGGUAAUAUAGAUCUUUGUUGGAAAGAGGAGAGACAGAAGCUUAAUGAACACAUUAAGGAACUUAACAAAAAGAAGAGGCAACGUCUGGAUGAAACUAAUGCAAUUACCUUAGCAUCCACAUAGAAAGAAGUGAAACCAUCAGGGAAGAUCCUUGGUGCAUUAGAUUCUCUUCCAGUGACAGGAAGAAAGAGUGAAGAAUACAUUGAAGACAAGAAGUUGACUUGAGGACAUUCCAACCAAAUCUAUAACAAUUACUUUAGUGAAAAUGAAAGCUUAUGGAAGAGGUGGGAUCGGCGGUCCUAUAGACAGAUGUCCUCUGUUCUUUUACAGAACAGAUCUAAAAAGUUAAUCCAAGAAUCUGCUCAGCACCUGAAAAAUGUAGGAGAAACUUUGCAGAAUGAUAAAUGGUUAACCUAGUACCGGACUGCCUGCCAGAGAGAGAGAAGCAGAUGGUGGCGUUUGUCCAUGACCUGCCUGCAUUGCCAGGGUCCACCCGCCCCUCCCACAGCCUCAGCCCACAAGACAAAAUAAUUCUGAAUAUUCUUCAGCCGGGUAAUCUAAUUCAAAAUGCUUGAGCUAAUUAUCAGAUUUGUACAUAGCUGUACAUCAGUUAACCUACUGCAAAGCCAUUUGAUGAACAGAAGCAUUUGUGAGCAGUCUCUGAACAGAGAACACUUUUCUUUGUGCAGCAUGAUCUACCUAUUCAAGUACAGGCAAUUUCUAGUAAAUCUAAAAUCUUGACACUACAGAUCAUCCUUUCGUGAGGUGUAGAAGUCCAUGACUUGGUGAUGUUCUUCCUAGUGGUAUAUGUCAAAGAUGUAAGAGCAUUUGUGGUUUAAGUUUGUAAGAUACAAAUACCAGACUACAAGAAAACCUAACUUGGGAUUUGUUUUGUUUUUUAAAUUGGGCAAAACACUGCAAAUUGAAUGUUCAUCUUCCAGACGCUAAGAUUAUUAUAAUCUUAAUAAUGGACAGCAUUUGAGUGCUAAAUAAAUCUCAGGCUAAACAACAAUUUCUCCUCCCAUAUGGAACCAUGCUCAUUAAAAUGUUGGUCAGGUUUGAACUCCUGGUGAAACA